GUAAUCCGCAUUCCGUUCWCGAAUUAGGUGAAUGGAGGCGCUAUGGGGACAAACUGUGCGAGUUGCUGAUUGAUGAAGAUAAACCAGCUAAAAGGAUGAGCAAAUUGUGGAGGAUUGUUCAUAAUGAAUUGUUGAUGUGCCAGGCAGAGAAAAGGGCAGCCGAAGGGGUCAAGAUAGCGCAGGAGAAAAAUCGUGGUUAUGCUGAUUCACCGGAUUCUAAUACUCCAAACCCCUCUUUGCUUGCUGUUGCUGAUAUACCCUCACCUGCACCAAGUGCCCCUCCCCUUGCACCCGCUCAAGCGGACGUCCCUAAACAUGGCGAUCGGGAACUACCCCGUUCCCUGCCGCCCCUGCAGCCCUUGCCGCUCCCUCCAACUGCAUCUCUCAGUAGCCAGGAGCCUGUCCCUGGGGCAGAAUCUGACCUUGCGGAGGCCAUGGCCAGAGAGCRAAGGGAGCUCUGGGGGGCGGUUGCCCGCCAAGGGAUGGGAAACGGGGACGCUGAUCUUGUUACAGCAGCYCAGGAGACCUUGGCGUUUCCUGUCGUUUAUGAACCUAAUCCCCAAGGGGAUGGACAGCGUGCGAGGGUAGAGAAUUUGGAUUGGAARAUGCUAACCCAGUUGCGUGCUACAGUGGGGAAUUAUGGAGUCACUAGUGAACCGGUGAAACAGAUACUCGAUUACAUGUUUACUGCUCAGAUCCUCCUGCCUGCAGAUAUUAAGGGUAUUGCCAAAUUGAUUUACACCCCGCAUCAACAGUUGCUUUUUGACGCGCGGUGGAAAGAGGAGGCUGUGCUUAGCGCAAAUCUCCAAAGACCCCAGGGAGAUCCCCUAGCAGGGAUUACUGUUGAUGAACUUAUGGGCAGUGGUGUGUUUGUCCGUGUGGAAACACAGGCUCCUUUAGGGGCUAAUAAACUCCGGGAGGUGAUGGCGGUGGCAAGGAGAGCGAUGGAUAAAAUAAAAGCGAUAGGAGGUAUUCCUAUUUAUAUGGGGAUAAAGCAGGGUAGGGAUGAACCGCUUGGUGCCUUUGUUGAUAAAAUCAUAGAAGCUCUGUCAAAGGCAGGAGUGUCAGAUCACAUGCAAGAUGCCMUGCUUAAGCAAUGCAUUUUGCAAAAUGGUAAUUCUACAACACGAACUUUAAUCAGUUCGACCCCAGGGGACUGGAAAGUGCAAGAUCUUUUAGAUAAAACAGCAUCUAUGCCGAUUGGCCCCCAGGUGUUUUUAGUGAACGCUUUGCAGAAAAUAGGGGAUAAUUUAAAAGAAGGGUUACAAGGACAUGCUACAGUUCUGCGAGAACAGACUAUUAGCUCUCAGAAUCAGGUYAUGGCAGCUCUUGCUCCCCUCCAAGCAGCAGCCGCUCGCCCCCGCACUACUACUAGUGGUCAAGUGAAAUGUUAUCGAUGUGGAAACACCGGACACAUCCGCCGGGAAUGCCAGGCUACUGGGAUUUGGUGCGGAAAAUGCCAAACCAACACGCAUAACACACGGGCUUGUCGGAAGAAGCAGGGAAACUUGAAGAACAGCGCGAACGGCGGCCACGCGGGGACACAAGUAGCAGCUGCAGCAGUCGCACCCCUCAACAGCGUACCUCCCAACAACUCCAACCAGCAACCAGCGGGAGCCUCGGCUUGGACCUGGCAGCCUCACUAGAUGUGGAUAUUUUAACUACUCAGCUACAUAAGAUCCCCACUGGACUUUAUGGACCUAUCCUUAUCAAUGAACAACCAAUAGGAGGGUUACUUAUUGGUCGCUCGUCUGCCACUGCUUUGGGAUUAUAUGUUGCACCUGGAGUUAUUGAUCCUGACUGCAAAGGGGAAAUUAUGAUUAUGGCCCACACCCCAUAUCCUCCUGUGCGGAUACCAAAAGGACAGAGACUGGCCCAAUUGGUCCCGUUGCCACAGUUAACAAAAGGAUUACCGGCGCUUACCCACACUCCUAGACCAGAAGCAGGCUCUGCAAGAAGUCCAGCUCGGUGAACAGAACCAGCCGAGGAACCUCAGCAUCCCCUAAGGAGUGCUUAAAAACCAUUGAAGAAACAGCAGGAGAAACUACACAAGAAGGCUGGGGUCUGAUACAGCAAUUGCAACUUGUGGACUUCAGCUGGGUUGCGGUUGCUGUAACAGAAUUCAGUCUUGUUAUUUUGCUUGCUUAUUCUGCUUGCUUGUUAAGUAUAAAGUUAGCAAAAAUGAAAAGAGGUUGGUUAAUUGGUUUUGUUAUGUUAGUGUUAGAAGCACUACAGAGUAAUGGGAUGCUGAAAGAUAUAGAUGUUCGACAGAACAUGUGGGUUACUUGGGCAAAUCGAACAAAUACUAAAUCCUUUUGUUUGGCUCUCGCAUCGGCUUCCGAUCCUUUYCAAACAUGCUUGAUCGGAUUGCCUGGRUUUGACCGUAAGUCCUUUGCAAACUAUUCCACCAAAUCAUGCACACCACAUAUGAAUGAGAGCUAUUGCACAGCACUAUUGCUAAGUGGCUUGAAUCAAACUUUACGCUGGGACCCUCAGGAGUUAAACUUAGCAGGGUCUCGUCCCCUARGGAAAAAUGAGACUGGUUGCAUCUAUUUGGGUAAUUAUURGUGGAAAACAAAAGACAAAAUAACCACAUUAAAGUCCAGACGUUUCGACCCUAACCAUUGUGGAGAGUAUCGCCCUUAUGGUUGGGAGAUAGGUCAUAUCCGAGUCUGGGCUAACAAAAGUGCAAUGGCCCUCCCUGAAAAUGUUUUCCUUAUCUGUGGAGAUCGAGCUUGGCAUGGUAUUCCCAGGUAUGCUCAUGCAGGUCCUUGUUACCUGGGAAAAUUGACUCUUUUAGCUCCUAAUAGAACUGCCAUUGAAGCCUUAAAAAACAGUCCAGUUAUAAAACGUUCCAAAAGAGACAUUAA